ACACCAUUUGCAAGUAAGGCUGCAUGGAAACGACGGCUCCUCCCUUUGCUGUACAUCAGCGUAAAAGCCAAGGCCUGACUGCUUUUGUGUCUCUCACAGAUCAUGGGAGUGGAGGAGCUGCUCCUGAGACUUCUGCCAAGCGAUUAAAUCCGUUCUUGACAUGCCUCAGAAAGACCCCUGCCAGAAACAAGCCUGCGAAAUCCAGAAAUGUUUGCAAGCCAACAAUUACAUGGAGUCCAAAUGUGAAGCCGUCCUCCAGGAGAUGAGAAAAUGCUGUGGCCGGUAUCCCCCGGGCAGAUCUAUCUGCUGCUCUGGGUUUGAGUUAGAGGACAAAGAGAGGCAGAAGCAGAAAUCGGCUUCCAAAGGAACUCAGGGCCCACAUGCCUAAGGAAGCACUCACCUUUGACAGAACGCAGGCCUUUCCCUGGAAAUUAAAAAUAUCUGCGCCAGCUUUCUCAAGCUAUACCUCAGUGGCGCUGCUUGCACCAGAGACCGCUCCGAGAAAGAAAACACCAGGCAGCUUCUCUCCCAGAAGCUGGAGGAAGCUGGAAAACAACGGCCCAUCUGUUAGCAGUUCUGCCAACAAAAUGUGUCACUUCUGUAGCCUUAUAAGUGAAUGAUGUUCUAGUAGACUAAUUUGGUGUUUCGUGUUCACUGUAGCCUAAUCUAUUGUCAAGAGUAGCAAUAUUCCACUGCAAGGUGAGACCUGAGCAGCCUUGUUUCUUGUGUGCAGGACAAUUUGCCGGGAGUUGAGUUUUUGAGACAAUCCGUUCGAUGUGGUAUGUAAAUAAGUCUCUUGUCUGAGCUGCAGAAGAAACUCUUAGUCCACGCUUCCCAGUCUGUUCAGAACCCCUCCUCUGCCACGGGCAGUGCAGAUGUAAGAUACGCUGGCAACUGAAGCCUCGGGAGGCGGAGGCUGAUGCUCUUUCGGCUGGGCAAUACACCUUAGUCAAGUUACCUGUGUGCCUCAGUUUCCUCAUCUCUAAAGUGGGAAGGUCCCCUGCCCUCCAAGCUGUAGAUUUCUUAGCACUUGAAUCCAAUUGCACAAUACUGAGUAUGUGAACGCUGCUGUGGAAGCAGCAAUCUUCAGGGAUACGUAUGGUGUGGUUUGUUUGGUUUCUAAAAAAGCAAUAGUCACUUUACAGAAAGCCAGAGUGGUAAGAUGUAUUUUUUUUUUAAAGUCCACACUCAGCAACUUGUGUGAGCAAAGACCGAUUUCAGUGGAAGGAAUUGAAUGUGAUGUGUACUGUCCACCUUCCCCCUCCUGAGACCCU